AUGGAUAAUGGACUAGGGUAUUCAUAUCAUUUACCUUCAGGAGGAUGGAGUUUGAAAAUACGGAAUACAUUGACGCAAUUCAGCGAUUUGUUUAGCGAAUUUAACAAAUAUAUUGCACCUGCCUAUCAUCAUGAUCGAUGUGAAAGAUCAGUACCAAUGCGCCUUUACUCGAUGCACAAACGUGAGUUCGUGAUGGUCUUCGUUGCGUUUUUCGCAUGUUUUGGCCUUGCGGUGUUCAUAGGACUCGCGGGUCCACCGAUAACUUCAACUUUUGAAGAAAAGGCGAAAUCUAACAGCACGGAUAUGGCCAGCGGGCCUUUUAUCAUGAAGACUCCAGCUUUGUCAACUUAUAGUCAGCAGUUGUGGGUCAUUGCCAAGUUCUCGACGUCUAAUACUGAUGAUGAAAGGUAUGACAAGAGUUUCCAAGUAAGUGUCAAAAUAGACGGAGUAACUGAAGAUGAUAAAUUAGUACCCGUGCUAAGUAGCGAGACUGCUCAUCGCAACAGGACGAGGCACUUAAAGUGCGAAAGACAAGUUUGUGAAGAAUUGAUAGUCGCGCAUCUCGGAUCUCUUGAUUACACCCAUUAUAUUUUAACAGUACGGUUCUACGGACUCGAGGGCUUCCAUCAGCGGUAUUCGAUUAAAGACUUGAGUUUUUAUUUCAAAAAUUACAAUCCAGCAUUCACGCAGAUAGAAAUAUGGUUCCGACUGAUAUUUCUUCUUGCAGCCUUUAUUGUUACGUGUUGGUUUGGACACUCACUCAAGAAAUAUCCGAUGAAUGAUUGGUCUAUUGAACAAAAAUGGGUAUCAGUACUCCUUCCACUUCUUAUUCUUUACAACAAUCCAUUUUUCCCACUGAUUUUCUUAAUAAACUCAUGGAUACCAGGAAUGUUGGACGCGAUUACGCAGACAACAUUUCUCUGCGCCAUUUUGAUGUUCUGGCUCUGUGUCUAUCACGGUCUAAGACAAAAUGACAGAAGACUAUUAACAUUUUACCUACCAAAAUUAUUGGUAGUCGGAUCUUUAUGGUGUUCAGCUCUAACUCUCGCUACCUGGUUAAGAUGGACGGAACUCGAGGACCCAACUUAUGACUACGCUCUUGAUACAUCUAAUUACUAUGGAUUCAAAGUCUUCUUUUUCACAAUUGGAGCAAUUUAUAUCGCGUAUUUACUCCUAUUAAUGUUGAGAGCGUACAGCGAAUUGCGUGCCAUGCCGUAUUUUGAUCUAAGACUCAGAUUUUUAACUCUGCUAGCAGUGAUAGUAGCAACCGUGUCAGGAAUCGUCACAUCUAGACAUUUCGGUGCUGGAGUUCUUGAAGACAGUUUUGCAUCUCGUUUGUCGACUUAUUACCGAACAUCAGCGCAAUUCAUGGCUCUUUAUGGUCUUCUCAAUUUUUAUCUGUACACUAUGGCAUACGUUUACUCUCCAGGGUUACAACAAGUCUAUGGACAGCAUUCAUCAAUAACAAAAGACAACCCUACAUUUUCAAUGAUUAACGAAUCAGAUGAAGAUAUUCUCUACGGCUCCGAUGAAGACAGCCGACGACCAUUAACCAGAGCCACAAGAAAUACCGACGACAGUGAUUAA